AUGCGGUUUGGAAAUGCUCUCGUGAAUAUUUCAGCUUGCUGUAGACGCCUACCGCUAGCUUCAAGGCCGCUCGAGUCUCUAAUACGCUUCCAAUCAUCGACCAAUACUGCAGUUCUCUUGCAGAAGAAUCUCGCUCAAAGGAAUAACUCGCUUUACAACUAUGGGAAUGAUACUUUGCGAUGUACCAUUCUAGAUUCUCAGGGAAAUGUUGGCACUCCGUCUUUGGAGGUAAAACGAGAAGAUUUGAUUUCGAUGCAUGGUCUUUUGCCUCGAGACUUACGGAAGAUCGAAAAGUCUAGGAAAAAGGAUCUGGUGCCUAUCCUUUUGGUACGUGAGAACAGUAUCUUUAUCAGUUUGCUAACGAUGCGGGCGUUGGUUAAGAGCGACCAAGUCAUCCUCUUUGAUUCGGUGGGGCUUUCUUUGGAAUCGAGAGCGCACCGGACUUUCCUUAAUGACCUGACGAUGCGACUGCGAAAUCAGGAUGGUAACGGCAUUUCUAAAGACCCCCUACCGUACGAGUUUCGUGCGCUAGAGUCGAUUUUUGUCUCGGCACUUUCGAACAUGUCUGCAGAAAUGAAGGUGCAUUUGACAUUGACGCGAGGCAUUCUGCAAGACCUGGAAUACAGCAUCACGCGAGACAAGCUUCGAUUCUUACUGAUCCAAAACAAAAGGCUGAGCCAGUUCUACAAGAAAACUUCACUAAUGGGCGAAAUGAUAGACGACCUGCUGGAACAGGACGAUGUGUUGUCGGACAUGUAUCUGUCCAGCAAGUGCACCGGCAAAUUUCGCGACGAGAAGGACCACACCGAAAUCGAGAUGCUUUUGGAGACUUAUUACGCUCAUGUUGACGAGAUUGUGCAAACCGUGGGAAAUACCAUCUCAGACGUACGAACCACAGAGGAAAUUAUAAACAUCAUUUUGGAUGCUAACCGAAACCAGCUGAUGCUACUAGGUUUACGUUUCAGCAUUGGACUCUUAUCGAUGGGUUGUGUACUAUACGUCGCAUCGCUCUACGGAAUGAAUCUAGAAAACUUCAUCGAGGAAGGAGACCAUGGUUUCAUACUCAUCGUGGUUGUCGGUGUAAUAUCGAUGUCGCUGACAUUUGGGUACAGCAUACGACAACUGCACAGGCUACAAAAAAUGACACUGACAGAGAGCAGCAAGGGCCACGUUUAG